AUGCUAUAUAAAAAUAUUUUAAGUAAAUUCCACGUCAAACUCUCUGUUCAAAAAACGUUCAAGUUGCUUGAAGUAGUGUUUGAUGUACUAACAAGUGAAAAAGGACCAUUGUUUGUAAAGUACUUAAAACACAACCAAACUAGUAUUCAUCAAAUAAGGUAUUGUAUCAAGAAUUCAUAUGUCACAUUAAUACUGUGUGACUAUUUUGAAGCGUAUUGUGACAUCUUAAGUCACUUUGAAAGUGCUAAUCACUAUGUAAAUUGCUUGCAAUGUGAUGCAACCCAAAUUGAAUAUUUGAACCUUCUUAUUCAAUCAUGGAAAGUACUCUCAAGACUCGACUUCGAUUUGUCAUGUGGAAGGUAUGAAUGUACUUUGAUUCAAAAAAUAUUCUACGAGCAAUGUACAGUCUAUUGCAAGACUCUAGACUCCUGGACUAAACUCAUUGGAAAUCUUCCUUUACUCGAGUUCAACCAAAUUGAUACAUUGAGACGUUCAAUGAAAGAAAUAGAUGUGUUACGAAUUGACUUCUUCAGAAUACUUAAAUCAAAGUUGAUCACUAAAUACUUCGGAACAGUACCGAGACAAGUCUACAUCCAAUUCACUACACUUAACUGUCUCUUAAGAGAAAAGAGCGACAGACUCAUCAUCAACAAGUCAACUAAAAAAAUUGACUCCGAUAUAAAAAAGUUUAACGAUCAAAUUCAGAGCGAUCACUGUUCAAACAUCAACAAGAUGAUCACGUUCGUUUCAUUUAGAUACAACAAUGUUUACUCAAGAUUCGUUGUUGUACCAGAAGAUGAGUUCAAUUGUAAUAGUAUGUAUUAA